CCGUCUGAUCAUGUCGUGCGUAUGUCCGCCCCGCCCCCUCUUGCCGACCUCUGCUUGACUGACAGUAGCACCGGUAGGAUCACUCAACUGAGUUCAAGACAAUGGAAGUUCCACCAGCAUAUGUAGAUCUUGGCAAGUCAGCCAGAGAUGUGUUCACUAAAGGAUAUGGAUUUGGACUGAUAAAGCUUGAUCUCAAGACAAAGUCUGAAAAUGGAUUGGAAUUUACCAGUUCUGGAUCUGCAAAUAUUGAAACCAGUAAAGUCACUGGAAGUUUGGAAACAAAAUAUAAAUGGGUAGAACAUGGCUUAACAUUCACUGAAAAAUGGAACACAGACAAUACUUUGGGGACAGAGAUAACCAUUGAAGAUCAGCUUGCCAAAGGGCUAAAGCUUACAUUUGACUCUUCAUUUUCGCCUAACACUGGAAAAAAGAGUGGUAAGAUUAAAACAGGUUAUAAAAGGGAACAUAUCAAUAUGGGAUGUGACGUGGACUUUGACAUUGCUGGGCCCUCUGUCCGUGGAGCAGUUGUCUUUGGAUAUGAAGGUUGGCUUGCUGGAUACCAAAUGACAUUUGAAGCUGGUAAAUCCAGGGUGACACAGAGCAAUUUUGCUGUUGGAUACAAGACUGAUGAAUUCCAGCUUCACACAAAUGUGAAUGAUGGGACAGAAUUUGGAGGCUCAAUUUACCAGAAAGUAAACGAGAAGCUGGAAACUGCAGUUAACUUAGCAUGGACAGCUGGAAAUAGUAAUACCCGUUUUGGAAUAGCAGCAAAAUACCAGAUUGACGCAGAUGCCUCAUUUUCAGCCAAGGUGAACAAUUCAAGCCUCAUUGGACUAGGAUAUACUCAGACUUUAAAGCCAGGGAUUAAAUUAACUUUAUCAGCUCUUCUGGAUGGUAAAAACGUGAAUGCUGGAGGUCAUAAACUGGGUCUAGGAUUGGAGUUUGAAGCAUAGGAUUACAACCUGCAAAAUCUCAAUCUUCCAGUUUUUUUUCUUUUUCGAUUAGCUACCUUCACAACCCGAAAUGACCUUGUGUUUAAUUUAUAUGUGUACAAAGUGGGAUACAAGUUGUAUUGUACUGUUAUUGUUACUGAUGAGCCUCACUAUUUUGAAGGACAACUGAACCUGAAAUCAUCCACUUAAUCAUGAAAUACAAUAAAUUAUUGAAAAGAUGAUAGACACAUUGAAUUUAUGCCAAACAUACAAGAAAAAUGGUUUAUUUUAAAUGGACUUUUUCAUUAUUCUACAUUCUAAGAUCAUACUGUGUUCUUUCUGUGCCCAAAUUAUGUUACUGAGAUUCAAAUCUUAUUUGGAUAUAUUAUGAAAAUGUGUUUUCAAAAAGUGUAAUGGCUGUAUUUUAUCCACUGCGUGGAACAGAUGCACAUUAUUAUAUUCAGUGUUUAUUUUUUGUAUGUGCUCAAAAAGUACAGCUGUGUUAGUUCCCUUUCUUCCAUGAAGGUAUUGUACUACUUUCCACAGUAUUGUCAAUCCCACCUUGGCAAAACUCUACAGAAGGAAUAGGAAACUUAAAUUAUACACUAAAAUAGGUUUAGUUGUCCUUAAUAUUAUGCAACUGUAGUUCUAAAAAGCACUAAAUUGUAUGCUGUAUACAUUUAAUGCAUUACUAGUAAUUGUGUGCAAUAUUUUUGUGUGAAUAUUGUCAGGUAUGAGUUUCUUAAAGCCAUCACUGUCAUUUAAAGAGAAUCAUUACUACUUUUCCCUGGGUAUUGAAGGAAAAUGUUGUCUGAACAAUGCAGAGGGAACCUCCUUUGUAAAUGGAAUCCUUUGAUAAUCAACCUAUUAAAAAUUAUUAAACAAAUUUUAGUCUUCCAUUUUUGAUGUUUAAAUUAGAUAUAACCCAUUGUAUUUCACAAUACUGCAAAAACCUGAAAAAUAAAUUAACAUUUUGUUUGCCAUUUGUUUGUUAGUAAAGUUUUUGCAAUAGUGGAUUUUUGCGAUUUAAAUAGGUUUGUAAGUAUCUGGUAGGUAUAGUUUUAAACAUCAUUUCAUGUAUUGGUGACACUUGUGUCAUUUUUAUAUACUGUCACAGUGUGAUGAAACCUACAUGGUUAGGCCUGACUAGUACACCCUAGAUGUGUUUUAUUACUUAUGACAUUUUAAACAAACUACCAGAUUUUUAUUUUUUUUUACAGUUCUGAUUGUUUUGAUAAUGAUUUAUAUGUUCAAACUUAAUUUUAUCCUCUCUUCAUAUUCUGCUACUGACACUCUGUUUCUGACAAUCUGCGUAAUAUUUUUUUCAAGUUACUAGUUUAGAAAUGGGAAAGUGUGCAUCAUAUUCACCAACUCAAACUUUAUUUUAUCCUGCUGGCACACUGGGACUAAAAAUCCUAAUGUUUUUAGUUAAGUAGUUUAAAAUUUAGACUGUAAAUUGUAUAUCAUUAAUAAAUUAAUCUUGGUAAUGGC